AUGUCGACUCAAUCUCCUCAUCCACCCACCCCCAAGGGCUCGCGCAGUCUCAAUAUCAGCAACGGCAAUAGCAACUCUCGACGGCCUCCAAAGAAGCCCACUACGCCGCAUGUACCCAAAUCGGCCAUGCUGAGCACUCCGCCGUCGUCGCCGCCGCGCAACAUGAGUCCGGCCGGGGUUACGACCGACUCAUCGGCCAAUAUUCAUUCAAAGAAGAAGCCGCCGCGAUCAGGCAAGAAGCCUAGAAAUACAAAUGGCGCUUCACCAGCACCCAAUAAUGGACACCGGCAUACCAACUCCCAUCCUAGUACCACUCCGCAAGCCAAGGAUGCGGCGUAUGCGGGCCCAACGUUUCACGCUUCGCCUGCACCCUCAGCUCUGCCGAUGCCAAGCUUCUUCUCCAAGUCGGUCCCGGAAUCCGACCUCGCGCCCACUCUUGAGACGGAUAGUGACGUCGCGGAGGGGGAGGCCGAUCUAGAAAUUACCCCGUCGAAACCGAGAGCCUCUCGCCCCCUGCCUGCGGAUAAUGAGGCGCAACCUUCGCCGCUAGAUUUUCUCUUCCAGGCCGCCAAACAGGCUCGAACUUCAAAUCCUAUGAGCAGCCCAGAAGCAACCAGCCGGGUUCGCUCGCCGCAAACUGAUUCCAAAAUCUUCCCACCCCACCCCACCAACACCCCGGGUGGGAUGUUUGCGUUUGAGAUGGACUCCCCCGAUUCUGCACGCGCUUCGCCUGUUGGGCCUUCAUUUGCUCCAUCAUACCAGGAUCGCAUGAACGCACUUCGCUCCUCCAGCUCCCCGUCGCAGUCUCCCAGUUUACCACCAGAUGCUACUGAAGACCAGCGACGCUUCAAGACUGAGCAGCUAAAGCAUCUGUUGCUCAAUCCCCGUCCUCAGAAACCCCCGUCGUCGGUGUCUUCGCCCCCGGAGCAGAACGGGAACUACGGUGUUGCUCGGACGGGCCUCGAUGCAAACCUUCCUCACUAUGCGACUCCUAUGCGGACUUCCUCGGGUCCUCCGAUCACCCACUUACAAGGCUACUCUGCGGGCCAGCAACAGCCGAUGCCCAACAACGCUGGUCGUCCCCCAUUUCCUUACUCUCAUGCUAACGGCAUCCAACAAUUUCGCAAUACGAACUCGCCUCUGAGGCGCGAAGUUCCAGGAACCAAUGGCUAUUAUAGUGGCUAUCCCUCUGGGCAUUCGUCUCCUUCUCCUUAUGGAAAUAAUUCUUACACUGCUCCAUCUCCAGCUCGCUUGCCUCAGGCAGGCAUUGUCUCACCCCAGCCUCAAUAUACGCAGGCAGCAUUUGCCAUGCCUCCCAAUUCUCCAUCCCCUUCGAAGUCUAUGGAGACCAAGAAGAUGGAGGAUGAUCUGCGGCGAAUCUUGAAGCUGGAUGCGGCGGCCCCCUCCCCGGCUCCCGGCAUUGCACCUAAUGGAAUGCAGAGUUCAUUUGCUGCUUAA